AUGAUCUCGUGGCACGACCUGUACACGGUGCUGUGCGCGGUGGUGCCACUGUACGUGGCGAUGGUCCUGGCGUACGGCUCCGUGCGGUGGUGGGGCUUGCUGACGCCGGACCAGUGCUCCGGCAUCAACCGCUUCGUGGCCGUCUUCGCCGUGCCGCUCCUCUCCUUCCACUGCAUCUCCACCAGCGACCCCUACGUGAUGAACCUCCGCUUCAUCGCCGCUGACACGCUGCAGAAGGUCCUCGUCCUCGGCGCGCUCGCCGUCUGGUCGUUCCUCCCGACCGCGCGCGGCGGCGGGACGAAACGCGAGCCGUUCGACUGGUCCAUCACGUUCUUCUCCCUGGCCACGCUGCCCAACACGCUCAUCAUGGGGAUCCCGCUCCUCGUCGCCAUGUACGGGCAGUACUCGGAUGACCUCCUGGUGCAGGUGGUGGUGCUUCAGUGCAUCGUGUGGUACACCCUCCUGCUCGUCCUCUUCGAGUUCCGCGCCGCGCGGGUGCUCAUCGCGGGGCAGUUCCCGGCCGGCACCGCGGCGGCGUGCAUCGCCGACGUGCGCGUGGACCCGGACGUGGUGUCGCUGGCCGGCAGCCAGGCGGAGGCGCAGGCGGAGGUGGCGCCCGACGGCAGGAUGCGCCUCGUCGUGCGCCGGUCCACGUCGGCGUCAAGGCGGUCGCUGGCGGCAGGCGCCGCCGCGACGCCGCGGCCGUCCAACCUGACGGGCGUGGAGAUCUACUCGGUGAGCUCGUCGCGGAACGCCACCCCGAGGGGGUCCAGCGGCAUCGCGCACGCCGACAUCGGCUGGGCCGCCGCCGCCGCCGCGCCACCGCACGGCGCGUCGUCGCUGCGCAAGUCGAGCUUUGGCGCGGCGGACCUCUUCUCCCUGCACCCGACGCCGCAGCCGUCCAGCUUCGACGAGCAAGGGGUGUGGGCGAGAUCGGCUGCCACGGUGGCGCCCAGCAACGACCCCAGGGACGUGCACUUGAUCGAGUGGAGCUCCGGCGCGUCCGCGACGUCGGAGGUGCGCGGCUUGCCGGUGUUCCACGGCGGCGACCUCCACCGCGGCAUGGACUCCCGCCGGCUGGUGCCCCUGAGACGCAUCCGAGAGGUCAGUCACUGGCGAUGA